CUUGUAUAAAUCACACAAACUGCGGAGGCACACGCCAGAGGAGACACUGGAGCGCAGAAACGUUGUGACAGUUCAGGAUCUGCGCGUGAAAUUUUCCGUAUUUUUGUUUUAUUUAACUGUAGUUUUCCCCGCAAAUAUAAAAGCACGAUGAAGGAGAGGAGAAACACGCAACCUCUGGUGGUUAGAUGCAAAUUGGUGCUAGUUGGGGAUGUUCAAUGCGGAAAAACGGCAAUGUUGCAAGUAUUAGCCAAAGACUGUUACCCAGAGACAUACGUUCCGACAGUGUUUGAAAACUACACAGCCAGUCUGGAGCUGGAAGACCAGCGCGUGGAACUGAGUCUAUGGGACACAUCAGGUUCCCCGUACUACGACAACGUGAGGCCGCUCUGCUACAGCGACUCUGACGCCGUCCUGCUCUGCUUCGACGUGAGCCGCCCCGACGCCGCGGACAGCGCGCUGAAGAAGUGGAAGACAGAAAUCCUGGACUUCUGCCCCAACACACGUGUUCUUCUUGUCGGCUGUAAGACAGACCUGCGCACAGAUGUCUGCACGCUGCUGGAACUGUCCAAUCAGAAGCUGACUCCUGUAUCUCAAGAGCAGGGCGUUGCCAUGGCGAAGCAGCUGGGUGCAGAGCCUUACCUGGAGUGCUCAGCCUUCACCUCGGAGAAGAGCGUCCACAGCGUCUUCCGCACGGCCGCCCUGGCCUGCAUCAACAAGCUGCAGGCCCCGCCCAAACCCAGCCCCGCCCGCCGCCUCUCCAAGAGACUGCUGCACCUGCCCAGCACGUCCGAGCUGCUCACCUCCACCUUCCGGAAGGAGAAGGCCAAGAGCUGCUCUGUCAUGUGAGCAGCGGGGGAGCCGUGCCCACCAGCAGCGACCCCCCCCACCCCGCCUGCAUCUCUCGCCUCUCCUGCUGAGGUCGGGGUGGGUGUCGGAGACGGGGGGGGGGGGGAUCGGCGAUAAAGGACUCUUGAACCCAUCCUCACACCUCAGAGCCCCACCCCUCAUUGCCUGUCCCACAGCCCACCCCAUCUCUGCCCUGUUCAUAUGGGUGUGGUCUCCUCAGUGCAUAUCAGACCAUUAUCCAUGGGGCCUGUCACUCCUCAGCAUUUAAACACCUCUAUGCUUAACCCCACCCCCCAUCCCCCCAACUGCACGUGGUUUCUGCAACAUCACCACUGUCAGAACUAAAACUUAAACAACAAUAGUGUAACUUGACUUUCAGGGGACCUGAACCCUGAACCCAGCCCAACUAAAGCAGUGAAAGUACGGUUCAGCUUCAUUAGCUUUGUGUUUAUGAAGCUCGGCUCUAAGAUCUCACCGUUCCCUCUCUCUGUAUUUAUAUCAUUGUGUCCUCGUGUGCACAUUUGUACAUUACGGUGAGGCCUGGCUGGUUUCUAAACUAACAUCUGACAGGAGGCCAUUUUGUGGAGAUGAGAUGUGGAGGGUGGAGGGAUGUUCGUAUGUAACGGGGUGCAUGAAUCGCAUUACAUUUCCCGGUCUGCUGCGUCACAUUGAAGCGUGUGCAGUGUUGACACUUGAGCACCAAGAAGACUGAAAAUGUGAACAUGUACUGUAUUACAGGCAUGGAAAAAAACAGUCCAAUUCGCUUACCUUUGAUCUGUAUUUAUACGUAUUUUUAUUCGUAAACAUGCUCCCAGUGGCGGCUCAUUUUCAUUACAUUCCCUCGUGUCAGCUCUGAGUUUGCCCAUGUCUCUGCACCUUAUAACUGGCUUCCUCUGCUUCCUCUGCUUGCAGUGUAAAGAAAAGUGGCUAGCUUUGCCACAGAUAGUCCAAAAUGUGAAAAACCUCCAUUUGGCUCUCUCUCCGUCUCGCUACCCUCAAGCCCUCACAGUGAUGUGACGUGCAGAAUUUAAUCCCCAGCACUGCUUUCAAGAGCACGCAAUAAUCAGAGUGUGUGUGGUUUAUCAGUGUGUGGAGUGGAGUAGCGGUGUGGUGGGGACGGUGAGUGGGAGAGCUGCCUGAGUAACUCUACGCAGAUUCAGAGCCGUGUUUGCUCGACGGCGUCACGGUUUGUGCCAUAGAAUUAAAUGAGUGCCGAGUAAGGAUUGGGCAGAGGAUUCUGGGAUGGAACAGCUGUGGAGCGGCAGAGCAGGGAGCACCAGACCGGCCCCCAUAAGACGUACAAUCUCGUGUCUGGGCGUUCCAGCAGCCAUGUAGCUCACUGGAGGAGGGUCUGGGUGCUGGACACUGAAAAGCGCAGUGAUUCGUUUGUAAGGUUCAUUAAUUGGGGUUUUGUAAUGGAAUAGAGGCUGUGAGUCCUUCCAGUUGAAGUGAAGAUCAAAGUGCAAUCAGGGGUGGGGCUUGGAGGGACCAAGGGGAUUGUGGGUAAAAUUAACAGGCUGGUCCUGUCUUAAGAAAGUUAUAUUUCCUUUUUUACUCUUUAGUAUGAGUUAGUCAUUGCAUUUUGUCAUUAUUUGUUUAUAUGUGUUAUUAAGCUUUUAAAAUCAGAAAAUUUUUUUGUUUGGUUUAGUUUUUUUCCACUGAAGUCAUCUUGUGAGGAGCUGUGGACAGCCCCCUUAAAUGACUUCAGGAAGUGAUUUGCACUGAGGUUCUGCUUCUUUUGGCAAAAAAGGAAUUUUUCUGGGCUUCCCAGCAUUGGUCCAAAAAGGGGAUGACCAGAGAGUAGCUUGUGGGAUUCGGAGAGGAUUUCCUGUUUUUGAAAAAGGGAGUCCUCUUUAAAAAAAAAAAAAAAAAAAAAAAAAAGGACUUCUCACCUUACAUCGUAGCAUCAAAUGCACUCUUGCUCACUGGUGGCUGGAGGCUUGAGGAAGCAAUCAAUAAAUCCGAUUGCUAUUGGGAAAAUACAGCAUAGUGCAUGGGCCUGUGGGUGUUGGUCACAUGUUGCAGUUGAAAUCAUGACAUGGGACAGAAAUCCCUUUCAGAACUUUAAGGUCCUACAUCCCUAAGUAUGCAGCUGUCGUCAAGUAGUGUGUAUAUUCAAACUGUUAGUGUGUCCUUGUUAGGUCAAAGUGAACAAAAAAAAAAUCUGCUUGUACAUAUCCUGUUUUGUAAUAUUUGUAAAACUUCUGAAAGAAUGUCGGUGGAAAACAAUUAUCCAAAAACAACCGCAAAAAGAACAUAAAGACAAACAAAAA